CUUGACGAGCCCGCUGGUGCAGCAGUUCAUCUACCGGCGGCUGUGGGAGGACGAGUACAACUCCACCUUCGUAAGCGACAGCAAUGCCAGUUACUGCGAACAGAAUAAAAGUAGCCCGACAUACAUCAAGGAGAAGGCUUUCAGUUACAGGUUACGGUUUGGAUUUGCUCAGGGCACUUGAUUCAACAGAAAGCUCAUCUCUUCUUUUGAGUUUGUUGCUUUUUGAGUGGCGGUGUUUUUCUGAGGCAAGUGCACUGCUCUGACACACCCUGUGGCCGCAGGAUUGCUGUAUCUAACAUGGGGAUGGUGGAGGGAACACAUUUCCAGAAGAGCUGCAAGAGAAUCAUCCUUGGCAACAACAACUGGUAGUUAGAUUGGAUUAAGUGGAACAUGAAACUGCUGUAGAGUCAGAAAAGUAGAUGACUUGGACUGUAAAUUACACAGAAGGUGGAGUUACAGGAAUAGUCAGCUGGCGUUCCGCUACGCUACUGAAAAGGUGGCACUUGAAAUUUUUGCUCACAUCCCAGAUUUGAGUCUCUGAUGUGCUGUGUAUGCACAAGACUGAACACCUGAGCUUAUCUGUCUCAUCUGUCAUAUAUAUUUAUAUAUACAUUGUGUAUAUGUAAACCCAAAAUUUUUUACUGGUAUGUGCUUCCAUUGAAGAUGAUCAAAGAAACAGUUUGGGAUCUUUAGUGUGGAGUAGGUUCUCUGUCAUGUGACAGAAGCUGGUCUUAGAAAAAAUGUGAAAGUAAAAAGGUCAAUGGAAUUGUAGUCCAGCGUGCCUUUUGGGCUGACCCACCAGCUGAGGAAGGUAAUGUAUGCCACCCAUUGGAAUUGAUUUGGAACUAAAAACCAAUUAUUGUCUGAGUAAUGCUUGUGUGUUACUCCUCCAAAGUGUUUUCUGGAGUAUUUUCUCCCUGUUUGGUGCUCUGUGUGGGCAUUUUGGUAUAAGAAAGGAGCAACUCUUUUAAGAAAACCAUACAUGGUGCAUACAGUUCUAACUGCAGAGCGCAUCAAGAAGCUUACAUUUCAGAAACAUUUCUGGACUUUGCAUCUGCUAGAAACCCCCCAAAUUAAACCUGAUUUUCAAAUUGCAAUCACCUGUGGUUCAGGACACAAGACUUUAUUUUUGCAAAACAUUGAAGCAGAGUGUUUAAUUUCAGCUGAAGUUUGGGUAGCGUCUCUGGUUGAUGUGGUGGUGAAUUCACUUAUGACAGGGCUUUUGGUAUAAGGGUUCCAAAGUGUAAUUAACCUGAUACUUGAGAACAUGAAUCCUUCAAGACAGUAGUUAAGUGGCCAACAUAACUCCUUUGUUUCCCUUUCCUGCCAAAUUUCCAUUCCGUCCAUUUCAGUGAUUGCCAGCAAGGCGUGAGCAUUUGGACAAUUACGCUCUUGUCUGGAUGUCUUGCCUGCAUUUUGAUACCACGCUUGUUACCAUAGUACAAGAAUGGUAAAUGCUCAAAACACGCGUUUGAUUUAGCAGAACCCAGUCUCUGGGCUGAGUAAUAGUCUUGUGUAUGGGCCAAAGAGUAGAUCCAGUAACUCGGGUCGCAAGCCCUUUCUUGAUGAUAUGUGAAAUAGGUGUUCUGGGUUUUUCAAGACCAGCCUAACUGACUUAGGUUUACACAUUCUGUAAAUUUUGCUGUCAGGAGUGUUCCCUAGAGGCCCUGUUUGGCAUUACCUUUUAGAACACCUCCCUUAAUGGUUAAUUUAGUGGAAGUCCUUCUUUUCUGAGAAUGGAGACACUUUACACUAAUCUCACCUAUUUCAGAGGAAAACGUAAAAGGAAAUUGAAAAUAAAAAUUAGUUCAAAAUGGAUAGUCUUUGCAGCCUUUAUAUUAAUUGUUUCUUACAAUUUGAAGGAAAUUAUUCAUUUUAUAAUAAAAUUAGUCCAAAGUUUACUUGAAUACAAGCUGAAGCAUUCCAAUCACUGACUUGGAUAAUCCUCCCUUUUUUUUUUAAGCUCAGAAAGAGCUGUAUUUUUAAUCAUUAAACAUUAUUCAUCAUCCAGUUUAUUUAUUUUCCAAUCUGUGCAUUCUCCUUUGCUACUCAGUGAUUUUUUCUAAUUUUAUGAGCCUGUCAGUUUAUCACGUGCUGUACAUUGCUCAGCCUCAGGCACUACACUUCUCUUUUAAUUUAAUCCUUAUAUGUGAUUUGCUUCUUCGGUCUUUUAAUUUUGAAAUCUGUAAUUUUAAGAACCGUUUCUGUCCACCAUGAGCAUUUUUUCAAAGUAGAGUGAAUUUGCAGGUUAAAAAACCUUUCUCUUAAAUCUUUGUAGUUCCAUUGAUUAUUUAGUAGUUAAUAUGAUUAUAAAGCAGCUAAGGGUUUGACUUAUUAUUUUCUGUAUUCCUUUGCAUUGACUUUAUAAAAAUAUAAAGUAGGCAGUCAAGUGCCUUACACUCUAGAUGGAGUUUUCCUGUACGUCUGUCUGUCUUCUUGUCAGUAGACAAGAAGUCAUUUAUGUCAGCAAGGUUAUGGUCAUUUGUAGUAUCUGGAUGUGAGCCAUAUUCUUUAUGUUGCACGACUGCUUCCAAAACAAUGAAACCCAGGUCUUUGCUGUUUUAUUCCUUCAGAUUUACACUUCAUUGUGGUUUGGCAAUAUUUGUAUUGUAUGGUUAAUGUGGAUUGAGAUUAUAUAUAAUAACAUCUGGUUUUAUUUCUGAUGUAUUAGCAUUUGUUUGAUGCUCAUGUCUUUGAACAUGAUGAUCCUAGUAAAGAAGCAUUGCCUCCAACUAGAUGGAAUUUUCUUUGUCAGCAGGGGAGGAGUUAAAGAUGAGAAUAUAAUUUUUCAUGUCAUCUUGUUCAACUUUUCGUGGUUUUGACCCUUCCAGGGUGACAACAGUGCUGGCCGGUGGACAGGGCAUCAUAAAUCCUAGGGUAGUCAGGCACCAUAAGGGAAAAGAGUAAAAGACUCCAGGGUGCUGCGGAUCUUGAGGGCCUUCCCUGAGGGCCUUCCUUGAGGGCCUCAGGAUCAGUUCCGUUUUCCUCUUGCAAUAAAACCUGUUAUCUUGUAAACAAAGGAAGAGGUUGAACUUGAAACUCACGGUCUUUGCCUGUAAAUAUAAAUAAGCAUUCAGCAGCUUUUAAAAUUGCCCAGAGUACAUUCCUGGAAAUUCUAGGGUUUUUUCAUCUUUCGGAUGCUACUCCAUGAGGAUUAUGUUAGAGGAAACACCUGAAGUGUGGAAUAUAGAUGGCUUGAAUACAGGGAGAAUGGCUUGGGAAGACUUAGAAGGCUGUACCUGCUACUGAUUGAAGAGUGCAGCCCCUGCCCAAGUCAGUGUGAUACCUCAGAAGACUUCAAGAGACCUUUCAGAGUGACUUUACUCUCUGCAUCUGAAAGUUUACCUUACAGAGUGUAAAGGGUUUGUGCGAAUGAAGUUACUGCCUUUCCCCUGCUGCUCUUCUGUCUGAUCAGGCGGUUGUCUUUGCAAGGGCUAUUGCGGCUGCUGUCUGUCCAGCCUGCAUCUGUGCAUUAAAAGCAAGAUCUGAAUUAACUUGCUGAGCAUCAUUUAGAAGUUGGCUUCAUAACAAGAUAAUUUUUUUAAUUAACUUUUCUUCUGUUCUUUUUUCUGCAGCCAUUCAUGUUCUGUUAUUUGAUUGUUUUUCAGCUAAAUUUGAUUUUUAUACUUGUGUUAAAAAGAACUUGGAAUUUUUCCCCAUAAUGGGUAUUUACAGUUUAUUGUCAAAGUGUUAGCUGCUGUUCCUUAUGUGAAUACCUGCUGUAGCGUGUCUAGAGAGACAUCACUGAUUGGGACAGUUUCUGAACCCAGAGCUUUGCAGUGUUUUAAAAAUUAGUUAAUUUAUAUAUCUAUGAGUCGGUAUAAUUUUUAAUGCUGUGUUUCACAUUGUGGUUGCUGUUGUUAUUCUUAGCAUUGUAUACUGGGAUGUCAGAGCAAAUGCUGAUGCAUUUACUUGCACAAUGUGCUAGUCAGUGAAUUGUUUCUUGUAAUCCUCGCAGUAGGAUUAUUUGGAGGAAAAAUAUCUGCUGUGAGUAGGGAGCAUGGGGCGUUUUCCUCAAUCAAAGACUUACUGAUUUCUGAAAGAUUAAAAUAGGCCCCCUGUCUUUCUGUUGUAGCCUGUACUGAAGGAAAUACUUACAGUGUAAACACCAGCUCUUGUAAAUGCAUGUUCAAAGGGAUUGUUCUCUUGUCUCCAUUGAAACUUCCCUGUUAAGAGUGCUAUAAGACUGUAUCUUAAGAAGUAAGUUCUGGCUAAAAAUGUAACAAGGGAUGUUUGAGAUAUACUGAAGGUAAAAUCACAAAAGUGGGAAUCUUUGAACAUGCAAUUCCUUUGUGUUAGUGAUUACUGUAAUAUAAUGUUUUUAUAAACAUACAGUAAUGUACUGUAUUUUAUUACAGCAUAAUAUGUCAUAUAAUCUUAUAAAAUUAUGUAUUAUUUUGUAUGUAUGUUUUAUAGUCUAUAAACGUGUGCUGAGUAUUCAUUAUACUGCAUGCUAAUCAUUGUGUGAUACUAUUAUAGACAUUUUUUUUCAAUGUAUUGUAGUGUUUACAAUUAUUUUUGUUUUCUCUUUGCAGGAAGUUCAAGAAAAAGCCUCUGUUUUUAAUAUGCAGUUGGACUUAACUGGGGCAGUUCCCAGCCUUAUAGUUGCCUUUGUCAUUGUAGCUAAUGGGGAUCGCCAGGGACGCAAGAGGUCUUUAGUUUUACCAUCAAUGGGAGCUAUGAUUGCUAAUAUUUGCCUCACUGUAAUAUCCUAUUUUUCCUUGUCACUUUCUAUCCUGUUUGCGGUUGCAUUUGUUACUGGACUGUUUGGGAGUAUAGCAACUUUCCUUGGGGGAGGCUUUGCUUUUAUAGCAGAUGUGUGUCAUGAUGAGAAGCAGAAAACAACGCGAAUAGCUGUGGUGGAUUUGAUUUUUGGAGUUGUAUCUGGACUGGCAGGACUGUUAUCUGGCUACUUUCUAAGGGGAAUAGGCUUUACAUGGACAUUUGUGACAGCAUCUCUGCUUCAUGUUGUUAAUAUUAUCUAUAUUAUAUUUUUCCUGGAAGAUACAGUAGGUGUAUCUGAAUUGCAGCAUGAGGCACCAGCAUCCUGUAAAGAACUUUUUAGAGAGACAUUUUCUGGAGUGUACAUGCUUUUUAAAACUGCCCCUUAUAAAAAGCGUAUUUUAAUAAUUGUGUUACUUUUUACAUUUAUGACAUAUUUGUUUACUAUGUUUGGUGGGAGUUCACUUUUUACACUCUAUGAACUGGACGAGCCACUCUGCUGGAAUGAAGUGUACAUUGGAUAUGGAGCAGCUGCAUUCACUUCUGUCUCUCUGACCAGUUUUUUAGGAGUUUACUUACUUUCUAAAUGUCUCAAAGACAUAUAUAUUGUCUUUAUUGGGAUAUUUUCUUACAUUGGAGGAAUGGUCAUGGCUGCCUUUGCCAAAACUACCCUGCUCAUGUUUUUAGUAAGAGUGCCAUCUUUGCUCUGCUUUAUGCCUGUUCCUGUUCUCCGAUCCAUGCUAUCAAAAGUGGUUCUCACUGGUGAACAGGGUGCUGUGUUUGCUUGUAUUGCCUGUUUAGAAGUUGUGACCGGCACUGUUUCACUUUCAGUUUUUAAUAUUCUCUAUGCAGCUACGGUUGCAUGGUUUUCAGGCUUCAGCUUCCUCCUAUCGGCAGGCCUUUGUGUAAUUCCGCUGGCUGCCCUAUGCUGGCUUCUGUGCACAAGCUGGAAUGGGGAGGACUUGGCUCUGCUUGUACCUGAAGAAGUGUCCAGCAUAGAGAGCACUGAUAGUUGAACAAAGGCUCCACCUACCUGGGUUUUCUCAUCGGACAUGCAGUGGCAGAGACCAUUCACUAUGUUGUACAGAGACCAUAGAGAUAACACAACAGUUGCAGAUACAAUCUCUAAGCGGCCCUGCAGCCAUAAGCACUAAAUUGGUAGCACUCUUUUUAGCACCUGAAAUAAAGAUAGCUCUUAACUAUGCAAAUAGGCUGGCCAUGGAGAUUUUAAUGCUGCUUUCAGCAUGAAGAAAAAAAUGAGGUAGGAUGAAACUCUCCAAUUGCCUUUUUUCAAGUUUGAGAAUGUCAGCUGUGGAUUGUGAUACAUCCUGUAUCUUUCUAAGUGGGGCAACAGAGAUAAGCUUGUCAUUAACUCAGAGGGUGAAGCUAGUGGAGGUCAUGCCAGCUGAGGAUGCAGUCCGCUGUGUACAUCUUAAAAGGCCUGCCUUAAUGGUAAAGACCCCAAACCUAAAACUGCUAAAUAAAAGGUAGUUUUUUCAGAAGGCACCCAAACUGGAGGCAGUACUUGAACCUGCUGUAAGCAGACUUACUGCUCUGCAGUUACUAGAGAGCGUUUAAUGUAUGAUAUGUAGACCCUGUCUGUGACUUAGCUCUUAAAAUGGGUUGUCGCACAGAACUGGCAUACUUAGAAAAUUUCCAGCUUGCCAAGUGUGAAGUUAAGCCGGCAGUUUGCAGAGGCCAUAUUGCACAUUUAUUUUUAUCAUUUUCCAUAUAUUAGGGACUGGAUACAGACACCUCUAUUUUUUGUCCCACAGUUAUUUCUUGUUUUCUAGUUAAGUUGGCUAUACUUAGCUUAAAUGUUUCUUCUAGUGAAAGGCUGUAAUAGCAUUUCUUUUCAGUGGAUCUUUCAUUAUUUUUUUAACAACCCUGAAAUGAGGUGACCAAAUCUGAAUCGUGGAUCUAAUUGUCUUGCAAUGAAUGCAGCAUAAUUGAUGAGUACCUGAACAGCAUUUCUUAUCUUCAAAGCACUUUAUAAAUGCUAUUAAGAUCCUCCUUCCAUAACAGAUAUUAUCCUCUCUGUUAGAGAGAGAGAAAUUAAGAGAGGACAAUGACUUACGCGGGGCCACGGUGCAAACUGGUGAGACUGCCAAACCUAGGAAUCAGUUUCUGCAUUGACUCUUCACCUUUUUGCUUGCUAUCUUUAAGUAGGAGUUACCCAGAGCAUUAGCUUCUGCGAACCGCAGCACAGCAGAAGUGUAAAUGUAACACCAUGCUAAUUCAAGGCGAGUUUGACAGCCAGUACUGUUCUGAUUCCUGAAAAUACAAGUAGGUUGUAUGACUCUCUUCCACCAAAACAGAUUAGGUAGAGACAUCAAAAUAAUAUGAAGUAGUUGAUAUUUGCAGGAUAAUCCAUGAAAGCAGCUGUAAUGUGGGAACUGACUUCACCUGCACACAGCAUAGGAUAAAAAUGAAGAGACAUAGCAUAUGCUGUAUAAUGAUCGGCUUACAGCCAUUAAUAUCCAUCCCAUGAACAGAGUACUUCUGCAGAACCUCUCCAUCGUACUCCACCGAAAAAUAUAAGUACCACAUCAUGAUGAUACUGUUGUAGAUCAUUUUUGUUUGAGUGACAGCAUUGUUUCCAAGCUAUGUAUCGUGAUCACAGAGAAGUUUGGAAGACAGUUCAAAUAAGUUAAAGGGGAGUUUACCCUAUCCAGGAGACCACUACCCACCCAUCACUGGUGAAAACGGUACCAUUUAUCCAGGACAGGGGGAAGGAAUAUUUACACAGCUAACAGCUCUUACACUUCUGUCCUGAACUACCAAGGCUGAUAUUGGCAAUUAAAGAUCAUUAACUUUUCCUAGCUAGUUUAGAUGCUAGCUAGUAACUAAAACUGUUUACCUCGCUUCCACGGAGGUGCCCAAGUCGCUGCCAACUUGCUGGAGAAGCAAGCUGCGUUUUACAAUAAUCAAUGGGUCCAAAACAUAAUAAGUACUUGUAGAGAGAUUAAGAAAACACUGAUGUAAAGGAUUUCAGCACAAAGAUUACAUUGUCUUCCUGGCCUCUUCAUUACAGUUAUGUAAGGCUUUAUGGAAUUAACUAUUUCACACAAAAGUGCCUGGAAAAAGUAAAGCAAAUGAAGAAGGGGUGUGUGCCUUCACUUCCUCUUCUUCAAUGCACACCUCUGCUCGCACUUGGAAGGUAGCAACAAAGCAAGCCAGUUCCGCAGUGGCAUUGUGUCAGUCCAAAAAUGAGGACAAGCACGUACACUUCAGGAAUGGCUUUGUUAUGGUUUGAUUUUGCUGUACAAAGUGUGUGCUGUUUGCAAAGUAUUUCUGGUAGACACAGGAUUUAGAACGGGCUGUAAGUUCAGGUCAAAACACACGAAGGGUAUGAACUGUGUUUUUUAAGUGCCUAGCACAGUGCAAGCUAAUGAAACCAGGCACUAAUGAGCUUCAGAUUAUUAAAUCAAAAUCUUCCAAGUUUGUAAUAGUUGCUCUAUUUGUAUGUAAGUGCAGAUUAUUUUGACAGACAUUAAUAAUGAAGUUUGUUUUUUUAAACUCUA